CAAACUUAGCUAUAUAAGAGUGAGCUGCCCUGAAGCUCGGCAGCAGUUACUGGAGCUUGGCCAUGAAGCAGUGCUGGUUGUUGCUAUUGGUAUUUGUGUGUGCCCACGGGGCGCCCACCGAUUUGGUGAAACCUGGCUCUUGUGAAGACCCUGACGCCCUGGGGGCCGCUGAGAAGGCUCUGACCAAAAUCAACCAGAACCGCGAGGAGGGCUACAUCUUCAGUCUCCACCGCCUCAGCAACGUCAACCAGAUGAAGCACGGACCCUCGGAAAUGGUGUACUACCUGACCCUGGAUGUGCUGGAGACCAAAUGCCAUGUUCUCAGCAAGAGGAAUUGGAGCAGCUGUGAAGUCAGACAAACACAUGAAACUCCGGUCUAUGGUCAAUGCAAGGCCACCAUCUACGUUGACAAGGUCCGGAAAGUGGUCCGUCUGUAUACCUACAGCUGCAGUGUCAGACCAGCUCCAGGCUACAAAAUCGUGAGGCUAUGCCCUGACUGCCCCUCCAAGAUCCCUGUAGAUGGCGAGAAAGUUCGACAGGCGGUCCAGAUGUCUCUGGAAAAAUACAACUCAGAGAGCGGACAGGCAAACUACUUUGCCCUCUUGAACAUUACGAGAGCAUCUUUUCAGGGUGGCUUUGGCAUGUUCUACUUUGCAGAGUUCACCAUCCAGGAGACAGUCUGUGCCAACACCACAGACAUUGCAGAGGCGUCUAAGUGUGCAUUGAUGGACUGCAAGUUUGCCCACAAAGGCCUCUGCAAGGGCUCCCACACUCUGGCCCAAAUGAAAGAGUAUAUCAGUGCCAACUGUGAAAUCUUUGAACCUGAGGAUUGCGCCCCUGACCUGAACCCCCCCUCCAAACGCCCUCGCGGAGAUGUUAGGUACCUCCCUGCGGUGGCCCGCCCAGUAACCCCGACCUCCCAUCCCGACGAGCCCAUGACCAUCCCCUCUUUCCCGGACGAGUCCGCCGCACCCAACCCGGGCCACCCCGUCACCCUGCCCAUCUUCCCCGACACAGAGGGCCCCGAGGGGGUGGGGCCAGUCAUCCUGCCAUUCCCCACUGACAUCUCCCCACAGUGUCCAUCCCAGCCCAAAAGUGAGCACCCCUUCAUCAAGGCCCUCUUCUCAGAGGACCCCCUCUUUCACCACACCAUCGAUAUUGUUGGGUGAAGACGACUGCAAAAGAAGGGGCAUUAAUUGACCUCUACAGAAACAUCUGCACAGAGUAAAAAUGACAUGCUGAAGGAGACUGGAAGGUCUGUGAGGGCUUGCUUGUUUCUGUUUAAUAAAAAAUACUUUAACAUACUAA